CGGCUCGACGCUCGAUCAUAGUGAACGCGCGCAUUGUUAUAAAUUUGUUUACGUACGGCUUAUCGCGGUACCCGCUAGGUUUUUACCUGCGGGCGCCUUGCGCACAUCUGUUGACCGUCGAUUACAAUAAUAAUGGACGAACAAUAUGAAUACGAGAAUGAAUAUGAAAACAAAAAUAUAUGUCAAUCUAAUUUUUUGAGUGAAAAUGAGAUGGUAGCGGAUAUCAUAGAAGUAGAAUCAAAACUAUUAGAGGUAUCACAUGAAGUAAGUAAAGAUAACGAGGAGCAGAAAGCCAGCAAAAGGGACAGAGAAGAAGAUGAAGAAGACGAAUGGAAAUUAGUCCAAAAAAAAAACGAAAAGAAGUAUAAAUCUAGAAGUGAAAAAGAAUAUUUUGAAAUUUAUAUUUCAUCCAGAGAAAAGUUACCAAAACAGUUCGCUUUAGCUAAAAUUUUCUGUAAUGAAGGAAUAAUAAAUAUCGAAAAAAUUAAAUAUAUUAAUCCAUUUAAGAUAAGAGUCGACGUUGAUAAUGAAGUUAUGGUACAUAAGAUUGAACAAUGUAAAAAGUUCAUAGAUCUUGGAUGGAGAAUUCAGAGAGCCAUGGAGGUUAAUCUUUCCUAUGGAGUCAUUAAGAAUGUAGAUAUAGAAUUGUCAGAAGAAGAGAUUGUAAAAAGUAUUAUUUGUCCAAAUCCAGGAGAACUGAUUUCUGUAAGCAGACUUUUACGUCGAAAUCGAGAAGGGGAUGAUUGGAAACCUAGUGAGUCCAUACGUCUAUGCUUUAAAGGAUCCUAUCGUCCGUCGUACAUAUGUGUAGAUGGACUACGAAUCCAAGUUGAACCUUAUGUUUUUCCAGUGUCACAAUGUUCCCGGUGUUGGAAGCUUGGACACACAUCGAAACGAUGUUCCAACACAAAUGUAGUAUGUCCGAAAUGUGGUGAUAACCACCCCAAUUGUGAUACUACAAUGUUUAAAUGUAGUAAUUGUGGAGGCCAACAUAUGUCUCUGCUACGAUCUUGUCCGGCGUAUCGAAAAGAGAAGAGGUUAAGGGAGUUAAUGGCUGAAUUUAACUGCACAUAUAGAAAAGCUCUGACCUUAUAUGUACCAACCGAGUCUCAUAAACUGGAAAAUUAUAAAUCCAAUGUUAACUCAGAUAAUAAACAAACAAGUAAUAUGUUUGAUAUUUUACCACAAGAACCUUCCCCAAUAUUAUUCAGAGAAGUGCCAACAUAUGCUGAUAUUGUAAAAGAAACCUCUACUACGCCUCAAAGUAAAAGACUUAAAAAAACAAUGUACCAUUCUUUAGGAAAACACAAUCGGUUCGAAGAAGAUCUUCCUGUUGAGUUCGACGAUAAUUUAAAUAGUAACACAGAUAAAAAAUAUGAAAAGAAAAGAGAAGUUAAAUUUAAUUCAUGA